AUGAUGCUUAGCCCGGACCAAGCUGCCGACUCCGACCACCCCUCCUCGGCUCCCUCCGACCCGGAGUCCCUGGGCGGCGCGGACGCGCAGUCGCUCAGCUGCUGCAUCUCGGAUCCGGAGCCCGCCGAGGGCGGUGGCGGCGGUGGUGGCGGCGGGGAGGGCCGAGGCGGCGGCGGGGAGGGCAGGGGCGGGGGCCGGCCCGGGCUGCACCCUCCGCCGCUGAGCCGGGAGGAGAAGCGACGGAGGCGACGAGCCACUGCCAAGUACCGCUCGGCCCACGCCACGCGUGAGCGGAUCCGUGUGGAGGCCUUCAACCUGGCCUUCGCCGAGCUGCGCAAGCUGCUGCCCACCCUGCCCCCCGACAAGAAGCUCUCCAAGAUCGAGAUCCUGCGCCUCGCCAUCUGCUACAUCUCCUAUCUCAACCACGUCCUGGACGUGUAA